AUGGCUAAUUCCAACUAUGUAUACUGUGGCAACACUGCAGUUAGAAAUCACCGAAUCCCUUUUCCAACAUCGGAAGGAGGAGAAGAACAGCAACAACUCUUUGUUAAUGGUGGUCCUCACUACCAAUGUGACUACUUUGCUGGUCCCCAAUUUCCAGGAUCGGUUGGCGCAGAGAUGAUGAAAUUGUGGUCUAGUUGUGUGAAUGAUCAGGAGGCUGAAAAUGGUGGUGGAGUUCAUGAAGCAAACAUCAUUAACAACCAGGUGGAUGUGAGGAGAAAGAAGACAAAGUUGACGAGUGAACAAGUAGAGGCAUUAGAAAAGAGUUUCCAGGAGGAUAUUCAGCUGGAGCAACAGACAUCUGGUAGCACAAUCCAGCAUAGAAAGAAUAGAGUAAAGUUGGAACCAGAGAGGAAACUGAAGCUUUCUAAGGAACUAGGACUUCAUCCUCGUCAAGUAGCAACAGGGUUUCAAAAUCGACGUGCUAGGCUGAAAGGAAAGCAAAUCGAACAACUAUACAGUGUACUUAAGAAGGACUACGAAGUCGUGUUAAGAGAAAACCAACAUCUUCAUCAAGAGGUUAUGGAACUGAAGGAGAAGCUUGACGGUUGCCGGUCUAAGCAAGCUUCUACAGCAAACAUGGAAUAUGGGUCCCUACUGCAAGCUGAGUAUAACAAGCUUGUAGAUCUCGGUAACUCAAAGACGAAGAUUUCCGAGCGCGACAAUUAUUUGUUCAACGAUGAAGUGGACUAUUACUCAACAGCCUCAUUUCCCUAUGGUCGGGGUGUUUCGUCCGAGUAUCCAUAA